AUGUCGACCCGCUCAUAUCAAGGUUGCUGGACCUGCAAGCGCCGCCGUCGGCGUUGCGACAACACUCGACCAACUUGCCAGGGCUGUGCGCGCCGGGGGGUUGAAUGCGAGGGAUAUGAAGUGCGAUUGCGAUGGGGGAGCGGUAUUGCCUCGCGCGGUAGAUAUACCGGAGCAGACAAGCCGCUUGAGGAGAGCGUGCCGCCGAGGCCAAAGGGGAGGCAGCGGGACUUGAUUCGGGAGAAGAUGAGGUUGGAGCCUCAAGGUCAGAUACCUGUGAAGCUCGACGUGAUGAGUCCUGAAUUUGGCGAACCAGUCUGCUUGAAGACGGCGAGAGAGGAAGAAGAAGAGGUCAUCUUUAAUGAAUUUUUGAAAAAUGGUAUCAACGUUCUCCACUCGACUACUGCGCGAGAAUCUAUGCUGCAGCCCCGACUUCCCCAGCUUCGCGAGGAAUCUGAUGCUCUGUACACCAUUUGCCUCACGUUCCAACUAUCUCUCAGCAACCACCAUAGCUCGCAAUUUCUAGAAUACUUUGACACAUCUCUACGGAAGUUCAGAUCUGAACUAGCCCGUAGCACGAGCCUCUUGGACGGAACGUUGACAGCCGGGCUGCUGCUGUGUAGCAUUGGUUUGAUGCAUGGAUUGCCGUGGACAAUGCAUCUAGAAGGCAUGCACAAUAUCUUGCAAAGCCAUGGCCUUUCCGAUGGGGCAUCCGAUAGCGGAACUUCCACGUUCCGCAGUCAUUUACUCGAGGUCAUGGGAGUGAUGGAUCUGCCUUGUUUCUCGAUUGGUCGACAGACCCAUCCUUCCUCCAUAGGCCGUCAGAGUUCCUGCAUCGGCAUCUGGCGUCGGUACUGCCAGUCAGCCACACCGAGGCGAGGCGUAGAACCGGUAAGUGGACUGCCGCGAACGCUACUAGAUAUCUUCGCAGGUAUCGGGAUAGAUACCACAGAGCAGCAUUUUUGGGACUGGGCAGGCGAACCGGGCAGUUUCUUGCAAUGCUAUUUGUGGGAGGCUCAUCGGCUAGCUGGAAUCUUAUCGCUUCGCCGACAUCUACGGUCCGUGCGGAAUAAAGAUGACCAUGAGAUCUGCGACUUGUCAACGCGCCAAGAGCCAAAUUCGUGCGCAGAUGCAACGGUUUUGGUAACACGCAUCAUGGCUAAUAUGGAUGCAUUGAGACUGGCGUGCACCGAGCGACCCACGGAAGAUGCUUUUAUCAAGAAUGCCGUUCUCUUCCCAAUAUUCGUGGCGGGGUUGGAGAUUACCGUAUUGGCAGAGAACCCCCAAUGCCAAAAGGCUAUUAGAACUUGUACAUUCGGAUCACGGCAGGAUGAGAUCCUCUUGAGUCUACUGGAGGAAAUGUGGCGAAGGAAUGAUCCAGACUUGAACGUGGAUGACUUGGCCCGGGAAAGAGGCCUUGAGAUGGGAUUGCUAUGA